UGGGAUUUGGAAACUUCAUAGAGAAGAAAACCAACAAAAUUAAAAUAAAAUAUUAAUAUAUUUUUCUUCCUUUUUUGCAGUCAAGUCUCUCUCUCUCCCACUUCCGAUUCUUAUGUACAUUAUUCUCUUUCACACACACACUCUCCCCUCUCUCUAAAAUUUCCAUAAUUUUGAGGUCUGUUAUUUUUGAAGAUCGAAUCUUCAUUCUCGGAUUGAUCGGUGUUAAGUAUAACAACUCACAUUUAUUUGAAGAUUCUCGUAAUAUGCAUUGUUUGGUUGCCGAGAAAGCUUUAAGUACGGACACACUUUUGUCUAUAUCUCUUCAACCAUUAUUGAGAACCAGUUAGAAGAAGUGUUGUAGCUUCUAAUUCUAUUACAAAGAUUUCGGUUGUUUUCUUUUUCUUUUUGGUGAGAAUAGAGAGAUUGUGAUGGUUCUUAAUAAUGGGUUGGAGUCCAAUGCCUUUAGAUGGUCUGAAAAGAUCAGUGGAAUCAAGCAAAGAAAUGUACCCAUAUCAGCUACGUUUGUCAACUCAAGGGAUGAAGGAACAGGCUUUGGAUUGUCUUCUUCAUCCAAAUUUGGAACUGGGUAUUUUCCUUCAUCUGGUUUGGGUCAGAUUCUUAAGACAAAGCCAAUGAAGGGAAAUGAAAAUGGUUCGGGUUCGGACAUGGAAAUCUCCUACGGAUCACAGAAUAAAGUUCAUGAUGAUUUAGUUAAGCGGCCGGGUGUGAGUAAGGAAGAUGAAUUGUCAGACUCUGAUACUCCUAGUGCUCCUCCAUUAGUUGGUUCUCGUCUAGAGAUCAAUCAAUAUGCAAAUUCCACUUGUUCUGUAGGCACAAAAAGCAUUCCUUUAGCAGAAGCUACUAAUGGCAGAGUAACCCAUAACUCAUCAGUUAGGACUCCUGCUGGUUUGGAAGCUAAUGGAUCUGCACAUUCCUUACUUCCUCGUCUCCCAGCAUUUCAACCGAGGCUGCUGAUCAGUGAGCAUGGUAGUUGGUAUGCUGUGGUUUCCUAUGAAGCUUGUGUUCGCCUUUGUCUUCAUGCUUGGGCUCUAAGCGGUUCUAGUGAAGUGCACUGUUUCCUUGAGAAUGAAUGUGCAUUACUGCGAGAUGCCUUCAGUCUACGGCAUGUUUUUCUCCAAUCAGAGGACGAGUUAAUGGAACGACAGGGAUCUGCAGAGCUAGUUAGUCAAGGAGCUGCUCAAAAAUCCAAGAAGACAAUUGGAAAGAUAAAAUUGCAAGUGCGUAAAGUGAAAAUUGGUUCCGACCCACUUCCUUCAUGCGGCACCUUACCAAUCAUAAACUCUUCAGUGCUUGAGAAAGAAUCACUUCAAAGACAAUAUACUCAUUUGAAAUCAAAUAUAUCUUCUAGUUGGAAGUCUAUACAGAAUGUUCGUCUAGCUCCUAAGGUCCCUACAAAUGGCUCCUUUUCUCACUGGAGUUUGGCUUAUGCGAAAGCUGUCAGUAGGUACAUGAAGCAGGUCUCUGAGGUACUAAAAGUAGGAACAACAGAUUUAUGCAGAGGCCCCUUACCGUAUGAACAAGUGAUUCAAGAAACGUACUCUUUCUUGUCAAAAUUAAAGAGCUCAUCUGAUGAGGAUGUAGUUCGUAUGCGACCAGGAUCUGGUGAAGAACAUGUGUUCUUUCCAGAUGGUCUUGGUGAUUAUUUGCUUGUUGAUGUACAAGAUUCUAAGGGGCGUCUUUAUGGUCGAGCUCAAGUUCAAGUAGCUGCCAUAGCUGAUCAUCCAGAUGAGAAGCUGCGGUGGUUGCCAAUAUUCAGUGAUCCAGACCAUAAUACAGUUGGCAGAGUACAAUUGCACAUAAACUAUACAAGUUCAAGCGAACAUCCUAAGUGUGGCUCUGUUGCAGAAACUAUGGCAUAUGAUUAUCUACUAGAAGUUGCUUUGAAACUUCAGCAAUUUAGCCAGAAAAAAUUGAUACUAAAAGGCCCCUGGAAGUGGCUUGUGACAGAAUUUUCUUCAUACUAUGGAGUGUCAGAUGUGUAUACCAAAUUAAGAUAUCUUUCCUAUAUAAUGGAUGUAGCUACACCCACAGAGUAUUGUCUGAACUUGGUACAUGAGUUGCUAUCUCAUGUAUUGAUCAAUGGAAACAACAGCAAUACUUUGAGUCAUCAAGAGAAACGAAUCCUAGGAGAUGUAGAAGAUCAAACUAAAGGCAUACUUGCUUUGGUUUUUGAAAACUACAAGUCGCUUGAUGAGUCUUCAACCUCUGGAAUGAUGGACAUUUUUAGGCAGGCUAAUGGGUUGGUGGCGCCUGCAUUGGCACCUGCUGUUAAGCUUUACACUCUUAUGCAUGAUAUUUUGAGUCCCGAGGCACAGUUGAAAUUCUGCAGAUAUUUUCAGGCUGCUACACAGAAGAGGUUAAGAAGGCACUUGACCGAAACAGAUGAGUUUGUGAUGAGCAACAAUGAGGGAACACCGGUUGAUAUCUCAAUAUCUUAUGAGAAAAUGAAGUCUCUGAUUUUGAAUGUCAGAAAUGAAAUUUUUACAGACGUGGAAAUUCACAAUCAGCACGUGCUUCCAAGUUUCAUAGAGCUUCCAAAUAUUUCUUCUUCAAUAUAUUGCGUGGAACUCUCCAGUAGAUUGCGUGCAUUCCUCGUUGCACGCCCUCCUCCUGGACCGUCCCGUCCUGUUUCUCAACUUGUUAUUGCAGCUGCAGACCUUCAAAGGGAUCUUCCCCUCUGGAAUGUCAAUCCUGUUAAUGGUGGAGUUGAUGCCAAAGAGUUAUUCCACUCUUAUAUUACCCACUGGAUUCAAGACAAACGAGUUGAUUUGCUUGAGUUUUGCAAACCAGAUAAGGUGAAAUCAUGCAGUGUUCGGUCACAGCUUUCAACAUCUCCAUUUAUUGAUGAGAUGUUCAAUUGCUUAGAGGGGACGAUCAAUGAAUACCAAAUCAUUCUUUGCCGCUGGCCAGAAUAUAUUUCUCUCUUGGAGAAAGCCAUUGCAGAUGUUGAGAAAGCAACUUUUGAAGCCGUAGAGAAGCAGUUUAAUGAUGUUCUGGCACCACUGAAGGAUAAUUUGACUAACAAGAUAUUGGGACACAAAUAUGUCCAGAAACUAUCAAAGGGAGCAAUUAACAUCUAUUUGGUCCCAGAUGAGCUGGGAGUUCUUUUAAAUUCAAUGAGAAGAUUGUUGGAUUUGAGAUGCCCAAAAAUAGAAACCUUGUUGAAGUCUUGGAGUUCUUGCUUUCCUGACGAUGGACAAUCAGUCAUAGGAGAACAUCUGAACGAUGUAAAAGUUAUGCUGAGAGCCAAAUUUAGAAAUUACAGGCAGGCAAUUGUAGAGAAACUGGCAGAGAACACAAGAGUGCAAAAUUUAACAAAGUUGAAGAACAUAAUUCGAGACUCGAAAGAAGAAGCAGAUGUGCAAAAUCGAAUGCAACCAUUAAAAGAUCUACUGAUGAAGACUCUUCAUCACCUUGAUACUGUUGUUGAACCUCCCGUGUUCAUACAAAUCUGCCGUGAAUUCUGGGAACGAAUGGGACAGGAUAUUCUGCAUAUUUUGGAAGAUGGGGGAGAGAAGAGGUCCUGGUACAAAGGGCUACGAGUUGCAGUAUCUAUUAUGGAUGACAUAUUCGUAUCAGAAAUGCAGAACUUGCGCGGGAAUUCUCUGCACGGGAAAGAACUGGAGCUACCGGCAUCCAUAAGAGAAAUCCAUUCCAUGCUCCGCAAGGAUGCUUUGUAAGAAAUUUAGUCCCUUAUUUAUAGUAUUUUCUUAUUUUAAGUAGUCAUCACGGCCUCCGUGGUGACUAAUUUUUGUUUCUCAACAAUUCUUCUUCUUUUUAUUAUUACAUAUUUAAAAUAUAAUUUUUUUUCCUAUUCUAACUUACUAGUGAGGAAAAUGUAAAGUCUUCUGAGGUCAGAAUUUUGUAACAGCAUAGUAUCAUGGAUGGUUAUACUCAAAAAAAAAAAAAUGUUGAGUAUUAUGUAUGUAUAAAGUUUUUGCUACA